AUGUCCACGGCCUAUCAUCCUCCUUCAGUGACCGACGUCCCUGGCACUACCAUGGAUAACUGCCAUGGUGCAGAUCAAGAGUGGCUAGCCUCGGACCCGGUCGACGGACUCAUGCGCGUCGUGGACGCCGUCCCGACGCUGGGCCCCUCGUCGCCGUUUGCGCAGGCCACCAGCGAUAACACUGCUGCGCCUAGAGAGCAUCACAUGCCGGCCGACGACACGUCAACGCCUGCGUUCCCGCGAUCGCGCCCCAGGAGCGCAACCGUACGGAGGCACUCCUCCAUGCCCGCCCCCAACCCAGACUCGCCGACGCGACGUCGCAUCUUGGGCAUGGAACCUGUGCGACCUGUGUCCGAUCAACUCAUCGCCACCGCAGACCAGGAAUCCUCUUCAGACGAGACGGUGGUCCCGACUGAGCGAAAACAGGACGAGGAAGCAAUUGUCCGCCUAGCAUCACCUACCGAGUCCACCCUGACCAGCUUGACGGAUCUCACCGAAAAGACUUACGGCUCCGGCAGCUCUAGCGGCAGCGGCUCAACCAUCACUCAAGCAUCGUGGCCCAGGCGCAGAGGGAGUGAGAAGUCGCGAGCCCAUGACAAGACCUACUUCAAAGGCCGAAGACAAAGCCGCUCGCCCAAGACGCAGCAGCAGCUCUCAUCAUCAAACGCCCUGUGCUACCUCGAGCGAGACUCCCCCAACGUAACCCCGGAAGUCAUCCAGCGCUCCGUUGAUCAGUCGUCGUACUGGAGGAUGCCCGACCCUGCCGCUACCAGCUACCAGUCGCCCUCGACGCGGAGCACCACCUCGACCGCCUCGAGCAGCUUCCAGAGCGAUGUCUUCUCCGAAAUGGCCGGCGACCACGAGACCGACAGGAGCAGCAGCCCCGACCACAGCGCCUACGGCGACUUCCCCUCCAUGCCCGGCAAGUUCGAGGUGUCCACACCUCCGGGCCAACAGCAGCAUGAUUAUCGUCACUACGGUACCCCCGAGAUGCCGCGCGGGACAGCAAACCUGCCUCACCUCCCUCCCAACGCCCUCCAGCCCCGUCUCCCCGGCACCCACCACGGCCACCCGAAGCACCUGCCCAGGGCGGAGAAACUGCCUCUCACAGGGUACGAACUCAUCGCCUCCAAGCUAUGCACCGGCGACGAUGCGGACAGAUCGAGCAUCAAGCCCAUCUACCGGCGCUUUGAGGCCCUCAACCACCGCCUGCUCUUACAUCUCCAAGAUGAGCUUUCCGAGCUAGAAGAGCAGCUCCACCGCCUCGACACGGCCGACACGCAGACGCGACGGAUGCAAAACUGUUUCGUACCGGCGUCGAGGAGGCAGGACUCACUCACCGCGGGCGAGCUCCAGUGGCACAAGACGGAUAUCCUCGGCAAGGUUGGCUAUAAACUCAGUCAAUACAACCACGUCCUCUCAUCCUUCAAAGAGACCCAGCACCUCCCCAACCCAGCCCCGCAAGACGUAGACUUUUACCGCGCCUACCUCGCAAACCACAACCCCAUAGUCGAGAUUGAAACGCGCUUCCUCGACCCAAUAGACGACCUCGUCUCCCUCGCCCGGCCCUCCUCAACCUUCUCCUCCUUCUCAGACCACUCCAGCUUCUCCAGCGACGACCUCCGCACCCCCCAACCGCUCAACGCAAAGCUACCCCCCUUGCUGAACCCGGAAAGCAUGGACAGGGCAGAGCGAAUCCGCCACCUCCUCAUCUCGUCGCUCACGGGGUACCUCCCCACCCUCGCCAUCGCCUUCGCCGCGGCGUUUCUGCUGCCCAUCCUCGCUUUCGCUGUGAUCCCCGGGUUCGUGGGGAGGAUGGCCGUCGUUUUGCUGGUUGCUGUCGGCGUCGCUGCGGGCGUGGCGCAGGCUGGGCUGUUUAGGAAUGGCGCUGACCGGCCGGCGAGGGUGGCUGCUACGGAGGGGGUUUUGGCAUCGGGGGUUUACGUUGGCGUCAUGGCGGUUGUUGCGGGGAUUUUUGGAUGA